CUGAGACGAAUCUCGCUGGUUCCUAGGGCAGGCGCCUGCAGACAUGCGCACCAAGCGCAGACGCGACCAUCCAUCAUGCAUGCACGACAUUGAGGGGUUCCUAAAAUGUUCAUUUCUUGAUAGCCUGCAGGAGGCAGCCCCCAGCCUGAUUUUGCUAAUUUCAUGCGGACCUGUCCUUCAACAAAUAAUCAGGCUGCUUACUCCUCGUUCAUCGUGGUCAGGACGGAUUGAUUUCUCAGUAAACCAUGGCCGCCCCCGUGAGUACAGUUUUUGCGCACCAACCUGCUGUAGAGCAACAGGCUCUUCGCCCAGAACUCCGCAUCCGCCGAUACGGCCGCAAAGACUAUAAACUUUUCGAUCAAGACACAGCUCGUGGAUCUCAUCUCUGCGUGGGAUCCGGCGCCAUUGGCAAAGUCCAAGUCGAGUGCAAAUACCAUUGGAAAAAGGCACAAUGGGGCGUCCUCGGUUCCAACAGGAAUCCUGCCGGUAUCGUUUACCUCGACAUCUCAAUUAGGCAGCCGCCGGGACAUACUUUGCGCGACGCCAGAGUCCUCAUUACGCUGGCCGAGCAAGACCCUUAUGGAGCUGAAGCUAGAGGAAGAUGGUCUCAGAAGCACGUUCGAACGUCGCUAGACUCUGACUACGCGGUUCAGGUGACAGAACACUUUGGACCUCAGUCUCUCGUAGGUCCUCAAACGGUCACAUCAGAGCUGAAGCAAAAGGCUUUUGAGCCCACUCUCGGGGCGGGAGGUUUCUUCGAAAUAGGAGGGAUGGGUACUCGUCGCAGCGUUGCCAGACGAAUCAUCGACAGCUGGACCUUCAAAGGCAUGGUAAAGAGAGCAAAGCAUGGAGAGGGUUUCAGGUCCCUGGAAUGGGAGCUCAAAGAAAACGAAACAGAUUGCAAUCCGUUCCGACAGCACAUCUUUCAUACUGGCUUCGCAUUCGAGCACAGUGGUCGGCCGGUCACCAUGUGCGUCGAAGUCGAGGGACGUCUCAAGAGCAGGAUGCGCCAGGGGAAACACAAGUUUUCGAAAUUUUGCUCAAGGUCGAGCGACACCGAUAAUACGACGACAACUCGGAUCGACUUAUCGUCAGCGAAGUCCGUCUUCAAGAAACAACUCGAUGGCGUCGCACAUGGUCUCAACAUGGCCAUGCAGAAAGAGAACUACGAAACCGUCCCAGUUGAGAUGCCAGCACCGAUGUCGGCAACAUUUGAGCAGAUAUCUCAACCGGCCGAGAUACCUAGUCAAGAAUUCGAUGUAGUGAAAGAUGCGGCGGUGGAUAUCUUGAAUCAAUAUUCCCAACAGCAGCUUACCUCGGCGGGGAUCAAUCGCCAACGAUCACCAGCAGAGAGCGGGAGCGUUUUUUCCAGCGACGAUACCCUCGUUAACGACAUCAGCGACCAAAACUCCGUGGACACUCUUCCCCAGUCAGUUGGCUUGGGUACUUCUCAGAACUCUUUGAAGGUGUCGGAGGUUGUAGCACUGGCCCUCUUCAAGUGGCUCUUCAUGUUACUGAAACUCGUGGGGUCAAAUCAGUAUUCGCAGCUGGCGGCCAUGCCGAUAUCCAACAAAGGGACGGAAGCACCACAGAAAUACACAGGCGACCCGAAUAAUCGCCAGAAAUGGGACGUUGAGGUUGAGGAACAAUUGGCAAAAGUCCAACCCAAGGCCAGGCCACCACGUGCGGCGUUUGUCAGCGAUGAGCUCCCCUAGAGAAGAGUUUCUUACAAAGUUCUGUUCAACAGGAGUUCGUCCGAUUAGCAUAUUCGAGCAAAGCAUGGCGAAAGUGUACGAUGACUCAAUAGCAGUGAAUGUAGUUAGUUUACAUAUACAUACUCACAUUCAUUCGUUGCUAAUUUAUCACCUUGUAUUUGAUCACGCAG